GACUGAAGCUCGCGGGAAGGUGCUGCAAUUAAGGCUACGGAUAGGCGAUACCAAAGGGAUCGAACAGAUUGCACCGAUCGGUCCAUCUCACAUCAGGAACUUCCGUGCCCGUACAAUAAACAAGUGGCCCCGUUUUGUCAAGCAGUCUGUGAGCAAAGUUAUCAGCUAAUAGAGAUCGGGCGAACAGAAUUCCACGAGCGGCAGCGUUACAGGAAAAAAUAUCAAUAGAGCUAGAACAUUCACAGAAACAACAGUAGGAAUUACAGAAAAACACCCAAACAACCCAUUCAAUAUCACAGAAAAUAGGGACAUGUGUCCUCAGUAGUCAGUCAAAAAAAUAAAAGACGACUAUAUCCUCGGAAUAGCUUACGUAGGCCCAGGAAGCUGGAUUCAAUAGCCGUACUGAGGGCCCGUUGAAUGCAAUGAAAGUAAGCAAAAGGAACCGGAAAUCGAGACGCGAUAGCUCUACCUCAUCGUCAAGUAGCAGCUCUAGCGACAGUGGCAGCAGCAGUACCAGCCACAGAUACCGGCCCAGCCGGGCCAAACGGAAACGGGAUGCAUCCUCGGAGAGUACCAGUAGCAGUACCAGCAGCGGCAACAGCAGCAGCAGCAGCAGCAGCAGCAGUAGCAGCAGCAGCUCUAGCGACUCGAGUGCUGAACGCAAGCGUAGAAAGAAGAAAUUGAAGCGUAAACUGUUGAAAUUACAAAAGAAGGAAGAGAAAACUCGGAAGAAAGCCCUGCGCAAGGAGAAAAAGGCUAAGCGGAAGCAGGAGAAGCUGGAGAAGAAACAUGCCAAACGGAAGUUGAAAGAAGAGCGAAAGGCUGCUCGGAUCCGGGAGCAACAACCGCAGCCAACUGCGGAUAAGCCCGACGAAGAUGGCGCCCUGCUGGACUGUGGUGUGCCUCUAGGUCUGAUGAAUCGCAAGGCAAGGGCCCCGGAAACAAGGGAGGAGUACGAAGCCCGGCAGUCCAUUAUAAGGCGUGUGGUCGAUCCGGCAACGGGUCGGGAACGGUUAAUUAAAGGUGACGGCGAAAUAAUCGAAGAGUUCGUAAGCCGUGAACGUCACCAGGAAAUUAACCGGCAAGCAACAGCGGCCGAUGGAGCCGAGUUCCAGCGUCGCACCGUCGGAUUUAACCCGUCGGAGUCCCGUAAAUAG